UGACAUCGUCCCCCCACACACUCACCUUGGAUCAGACCCUUCAAGUCUUCCGACGGUCGACGCUCAUCACCAGCCUCUAGUGCCUUGACGUACAGAAAACCACAUCACACCAAGCGAGCAUCGUCUUCUACCGUCGUAAUCCAUAAUCUCAAGAUCAAUUGUCAAGAUGCCUGCCGCUCGUCGUCGAGGAGGCAACACCGCCGCCACCCGCUCCGGCCAGUCAACCCUGUCUUUUGGCUCCAAAUCUAGAAUCACCAAGCCAUCUGCGGCUCCUACGACACGCUCCCAGAAAGCAAAGGAUCUCGAGCCGCUUGUUACUUCUCUUUCUGAGAAGGAGCCCGUCCAAAGUGCCUCCGAGCCAGAGGAGCUGAAAGACACUCCCACAGAAUCCUCGCAGCCCCAUGUGGCCGAACUCGCCGUUAGGCAACAAGCACAGACAGAGAUCAAACAGCCAGUGUCAGAGGAGGACCAGAAGGCAAGCAAGCUUACGGAACGGGAUUUGACCAGAUAUUGGAAGCAAGAAGAGGCUAAAAGGCGAGGGCCUCGGGUACACCAAAACGACCUCACGACGCAUGAGAAAAUCUUGCGACACUUUGAUCUUUCCAGUCAAUACGGGCCUUGCAUUGGCAUCGCCCGACUCCGACGCUGGAGGCGUGCUAACACACUCAAACUCAACCCGCCAAUUGAGGUUCUUGCCGUACUCUUGAAAGAGAGUGAGGAUGCGAAGCAAAGAGCCUACAUCGACGAGUUGUUGUCUUGAGUAAGAAACAGUUGUACAUGAUAUGUUGGAUACAGUGAGAACUUGGAGUACGGUUUGGACUUUGGAAGCGGCGUUUCGGUCAUGCUACGCAUACCCUUUUCAUUA